CCACAGUGAGAAGCAGAGGCAGAAGUUUGGGACGCUGAAGGAACUCCUGUAAAAGCCGCUACAGCACUCAGCCGCCUGAGGAGGUCCCGAGCCAGGACAAGCGCAAGGAGAGUCAAGAGACAAUGGCAGCCCAGGACCAUGGUGUGGAGUCCACAACCGGAAAGCCCAGGGCCGGCUAUGAACUUGGAGACCAAGUCCAGGAAAAUUCCCAACUGAGAAUUGUCUUACUGGGAAAAACGGGAGCAGGAAAGAGUGCAACAGGGAACAGCAUCCUCAGGGAAAAGGUGUUUCAUUCUGGCAUUUGUGCAAAAUCCAUUACCAAGGUCUGUGAGAAGAGGGUGAGCACCUGGGGUGGGAGAGAGCUUGUUGUUGUGGAUACGCCUGGUGUUUUUGACACUGAGGUACCAAAUGUUGACACGCAAAAAGAGAUCGCUCGCUGUGUUGCCCUGACCUCCCCAGGGCCCCAUGCUCUACUCCUGGUGGUCCCAUUGGGACGUUACACCAUGGAAGAACAUAAGGCUACACAGAAGAUUCUAAGCAUGUUUGGAAAUGAGGCUAGAAAAUUCAUGAUUCUCUUGCUCACCAGGAAGGAUGACUUGGAAGACACCGAUAUCCGUGAGUACUUAAAUUCAGCUCCUGAAGUCAUUCAAGAGCUGAUCCGUAAGUUCGAGGAUCGCUACUGUUUGUUCAACAAUAGAGCAUCAGGAGCUGAACAGGAGGACCAGAGAACACAGCUGUUGACCUUGGUCCAGCGCAUGGUGAUGGAAAAUGGAGGAAGAUGCUUUACCAACAAGAUGUACGGAAGUGCCGAGAAAGAGAUUCAG